AUGUUUGCCGAGCUCAAAGUGGCUCAUCCGCGACCCAUUCCGUCAUUGAGCGACAAGCAGCUCCAGGAUCUGACUGAGCUUCGUGUUAGAGUUACCCAGCGGGCCCAGUCUCUCGAGGACCUCGUGGAAGCGAUGUCGCGCGUCAACAGCUACGAUGACGGUGCCAUUGUCGCAACCGCAACGUAUUAUUGGAUUCACCCAAAUUCACUACUGCUCGUGAAGCUGGGAUUGAACCGCCUGCUGCGUCGAGAGUUGCGUCGACUGACUGUGGAAGAAGAGAACGACGCACAACUUGAGUGUCAAAUUUGGGACCAAGUCUAG